CCGCCUGCAGUGGGGAGCAAAAGAAAAGACAGAGGAGAUGGGGGGGAAAAAAGUAAGAAGUGCGAGCACGUUUGAAAUGCAGAGUAGAAAAACAAUGGGAAAAUAAAAAGAGAUGAAACGAGAUGAGGGGAGGAGGGAGAAAAAAAUAGAAAACGGGAACUGGAGAUGCAGGGUGGCACAGGGAAUAAGUGAGCGAAUGGGAGAGGAAGAGAGAGAGAGAGGGAGAGUAAGAGGGAAGGGAGGGAGGCGAACAACACUGCAGACACUCAUCCACUGUCACUGCUCCGCAGCCAGAGGACAGAGGCACUGCCGGCAUCCGUGGGAGCAGAUACGAUGGAGGAGGACGGCUGCACCGUGCGUCUGCGGCUCGGUCCCCGUAACUGACCACUUCCCUUUGGGAACAUCCUGCCAAGUUGGGAGCAAAACGAGCAAGAAGGAGGAAACUGCCGCCUCUGCCCUUCACAAGAUCACAAGUUCUGGAGCUCAACUCCUGCAGGACCAUCCUUUACACCCUUCACAAUAAUUUCUCCCGUUGUACACGCCCACACUCCUCAUCACACCCUCGCUUUCAAACUGAAGCCCGCUGCACUUUGCGUCGCCUUCUGGACUCGUGUCUUUUUGGGUGUUUUUUUUUUGUUGUUGUUUGUUUUUUUGUCAUUGCUGAUUUUGCUGACCUUUCGAGCUGAGUGGAUUUACUUUUCCCCUGUGGUGGACCAUGGGGCAGGGUGCAGGAGGGACCCCCAGGAAAAGGACAGGGGGGAGCUGGUACCUUUCGGUGACAUUGCUGCUCUGUGGUUUCUGGAAGGCUCACUCGCAGACAGACGAUGGGAAGUCUGUCUACUUCUGGGAAACAGGUCCGUGGGGGAGAUGCAUGGGCAGCGACUGUGGUCCAGGAGGCAGCCAGAGCCGUGCAGUCUGGUGCGCUCACGUGGACGGCUGGACGACUCUUCACACCAACUGUGACCAGGGUCAGCGUCCCUCCAACCAGAGGAACUGCUUCCGUGUGUGCGACUGGCACAAGGACCUGUAUGACUGGAAGCUGGGCGCCUGGAACGAGUGUGUGCCAGUGUCGGCAAGGACCUUUGGAGCCCCACGGCAGUUCACAUGCAGUGGAGGCGAAGAGGGCAUUCAGACCCGGGAGGUGGGCUGCAUGCUUAAGACAGAUGGGUCUCCAGCAGAGGAUGCCAUCUGCGAGUACUUUGAGCCCAAGCCGCGCCUGGAGCAGGCUUGUUUGAUCCCUUGCCCUCAGGAUUGUGUUGUAUCAGAGUAUUCGCCAUGGACCUCCUGCUCCAAAACGUGCGGAACAGGCCUCAGGAACAGAGUGCGCAGCGUCCUGGUUCCUCCGCUUUUUGGAGGAGCGGGUUGUCCUAAUCUCACUGAAUUCCAGUCCUGUAAACCAGGACCUUGCGUUGGUCCCGAGGGCCUGUACAGCCUCAGGGUGGGACCGUGGAGCCCCUGCGCCCUGCCACCGACCCGGACUGCACGGCAAGCAAAACGCAGGAAAGGCAAAGGCCAAGGGCUCAGAGAGCGAGGAGGGGUAAAAGAUCCUGAAACCAGGGAGCUGAUUCAGAAGAAGAGGACCAGGAACCGCUUGAACCGGCAAGAGAGUCCAUUCUGGGACAUUCAGGUCGGCCACCAGACCCGGGAAGUGACCUGCAUACACAGGAAUGGAAGCACAGUGGGACGCAACUUGUGCAUACCGCGGGAACUGCCGCUGACCAUCCAGUCCUGCGUUCUCCCUAAAGACUGCCAGGUAACCGAAUGGACCGACUGGAGCUCCUGCUCCAAGACUUGUGUGGAUCCUGAGUCUCUAAGAGGAAAUCGCACUCGGAGAAGACAGGUGAUCCAGUUCCCGGUUGGUGAGGGCAUUGAGUGCCCUUUACUGGAGGAGACAGAGUCCUGUGAACCUCAGGGUGGUACUGUUCCUCCCUGUGCCAGUUACACGUGGAGGACCACUGAGUGGAGUGACUGUCGGGUUGACUUACUGCUGAGCCAACAAGACCGUCGACGCAGCAACAUGACGGGGCUUUGUGGAGGCGGUCUGCAGACGAGGGAAGUUUAUUGUGUCCAGGCCAAUGCAGAGCUUCUGAAAUACCUCAACAACCUCAAAGAAAAAGACAAAGCGGGUCAGACCCAAAGACAGCAGAAGCCUAGUGUCCCCCCUCUCCUCUCCAUCACCUUCCAGAUUACAGCCUCCCGCCCAGUGGAAAACAAGCUGUGCACGGGUCCGGUCCCGAACAGAUCCCAGCGCUGCCAGAUCCCCUGUCCCAUCGACUGUGAGGUGUCACCGUGGGGUGCCUGGGGGCCAUGCGUCUUUGAAAACUGUGAUGAUCAGACCGGAAAGAAAGGUUUCAAACUCAGGAAACGACAGAUUACUAACGAACCAACAGGGGGCCCAGGAAGCUGCCCUCACCUUGUUGAGGCCAUGCCAUGCGAUGAACCCAGUUGUUACAAGUGGCAGCUUGUCAGCCUGGAUCAGUGCGUUCCUGAUGACGGGAAGCAGUGCGGCCCUGGUGCUCAGCUGCCACAAGUGCAAUGCAUCAACAGCAAUGGAGAGCCUGUGGACAGAAGUCUCUGCUCGUCUUCAGCAGCUUUGGAGCCCGUCCGCUGCGAGCUGCCUUGCGCCAGAGACUGUGUGCUCAGCGACUGGACGCCCUGGUCGACCUGCUCUCAGACAUGCUCCAGUAAGACCGUGGAGGGCAAGCAGAUGAGGACCCGGUCCAUUCUGGCGUACAACGCUGGGGAAGUCACUGCAAUGGUUGUGGCAUGGAUCACAGUGAUGGAGGGUCUGUCACGGGUGCCCAGGUUCCCAGAACUUUAUGGUGGUUCCCUGUGUCCAAACAGCAGUGCACUGCAGGAGGUGCGGAAUUGUAACGAGCAUGCCUGUAUAGUUUACCACUGGCAGACGGGCCCCUGGGGGCCAUGCACAGAAGACCCCUCAACAGCGUCACUGAACACCUCUGCAGGGAUACGUCCCACUGGAGACGGUCAGGGUCUGUGCUCCAUGGGAGUGCAGACGCGCAAGGUCAUGUGCGUCCGGGUCAACGUGGGACAGGUGCCACCAAAAAAGUGUCCAGAAGGUCCUCGCCCAAGCACGAUGCGACCGUGUCAGCUGCCCUGCAAGAAAGACUGCAUCGUGACCCCUUUCAGUGACUGGACAGAGUGUUUGGCUAGCUGUGAUGCAGGCGGUGACGCUGUGAAGAGAAAGCAAUCAAGGAGACGUCUUGUCAUCCAGAAGCCUUCUAAUGGAGGACAGGAGUGCCCGGUGGUACUUGAAGAGGAAAGGGACUGUGAGGUCCCCAAAGUCUGUCCCGGUUUCAGAUGGAAAACUCAUAAAUGGAGGAAGUGCCAAUUGGUCCCAUGGUUUCUCAGAAAGGACACCCCCGGUGCACAGGAGACUUGUGGACCAGGACUUCAGACCCGAGCUGUGUCCUGCCGCCAGCUGGACGGGACGCAGGCCGACAUCAGCGAGUGCUUGAAGUCCGCCAAGGCCAUGCCCACCAUCACUCAGCGCUGUCAGCUCCCCUGCCAGGAUGACUGCCAGUUAACCAACUGGUCCAAGUUCUCGUCCUGCACAGCUGACUGCGUGGGGGUCCGCACCAGAAAGAGGGCAUUGAUAGGGAGAAGCAAAAAGAAGGACAAGUGCAAAAACACACAAAUGUACCCUUUGAGCGAGACACAGUACUGUCCCUGCGACAAGUACAACGCCCAGCCAGUGGGGAAGUGGUCUGACUGCAUCCUGCCGGAGGGAGGGAGGGCAGAGAGCACCGCAGGGAUGAAGGUCCAGGGAGACGUCAAGGAGUGUGGACAAGGGUACCGCUAUCAGGCUAUGGUGUGCUACGACCAAGACAACCGGCUGGUGGAGACCUCGCGCUGCAACAGUCAUGGUUAUAUCGAGGAGGCGUGCAUCAUUCCCUGCCCUUCAGACUGUAAACUCAGUGAGUGGUCCAACUGGUCCCGGUGCAGCAAGUCCUGCGGGAGUGGAGUGAAAGUUCGCUCCAAGUGGCUCAGAGAGAAACCGUACAACGGAGGCCGACCAUGUCCAAAGCUGGACCACAUCAACCAGGCCCAGGUGUAUGAGGUGGUGCCCUGUCAGAGCGACUGCAACCAGUAUGUGUGGGUCGCUGAGCCGUGGAGCGUGUGGAAGGUCAGCAACGUGGAUCUGAAGGAGAACUGCGGAGAAGGUGUCCAGACCAGAAAAGUCAGGUGCAUGCUGAACACCGUGGACGGCCCGUCUGAAGCUGUGGAGGAUUACCUCUGCGACCCGGAGGAGAUGCCCCUAGGGGCCAGGGAAAGCCGGCUGCCGUGCCCGGAGGACUGCGUCCUCAACGACUGGGGCCCAUGGAGCCGCUGCAGCGUGCCCUGCACCAGAAACAACAGCCGAGUGCGGACGGCUUACACCCUCCGCUACCCCGGCGUUGGCAGGCAGUGCCCGGAGAAGUCGGACAAAGAGUCAUGCAGUCUGAACCUCAACUGCUUCAACUACUUCUACAACAUCACAGACUGGAGCACUUGUCAGCUGAGCCCCAACGCUGUUUGUGGAAGCGGUAUCAAGACCCGGAUGCUCGACUGCGUUCGCAGCGACGGCAAAUCUGUAGAUAUUAAAUUCUGCGAGGAGUUGAGAUUGGAGAAGAACUGGCUGAUGAACGUCUCGUGCACCGUGGAGUGUCCUGUCAACUGCCAGCUGUCAGCGUGGUCGACCUGGUCCGAGUGUUCACAAACCUGUGGACUAGAUGGUAAGAUGCGGAGGCAGCGCUCCGUGGUGCAGGCCUCGCAGGGCGACGGCCGGCCGUGUCCUUCCCAGAUGGAGCAGUGGAAGCCCUGCCCGGUCCGACCCUGCUACAGAUGGCAGUACAGCCCCUGGUCUGAGUGUCGGGUCGAGAGUGUGGUGUGCGGACACGGCACACGCUACAGGAACCUGUCCUGCUUCGUGUCGGACGGGUCCAGCGAUGGCGAGAGCAGCAUGGUGGACGAGGAGCUGUGCGGCAGCCUGGAGUUGGCCGUCAACGGAGAUAAGACAAUCAUACUGAAAGAAGCCUGCACCCUCCCCUGUCCAGGUGAAUGCUACCUAAUGGAGUGGUCUGACUGGAGUUCCUGCGUCAACAUCUGUGUGAAAGGAGCCGGCGUGGACUUUGUCUCCGUUCAGGUGCGGUCACGAGCAGUGCUGGCCCAGGAGCCUGAAAACCUGCAGCUAUGUCCAGACCAGGCUUGGGAGUCGCAGCCCUGCACAGGAGGCGAAUGUUACGAGUACAAGUGGCUUAGCAGCAGUCGUCCGAACUCCAGCCGCCCAGUUGUCUGGUGUCAACGCUCCGAUGGACUCAACGUCACCGGUGGCUGUCCUGCUAUGAAUCCCCCAGUGGACAACAGCUCCUGUGACCCUCCCUGCCUCAUGCCGAAGUCGUUCUGCAGCGAGGCCGGAAUAUGCAUGUGCGAGGAGGGUUUCACAGAGGUCCUGUCACCUGCGGGACAGCUGGACCAAUGUGCCCCCAUCCCAAUCCUGGAGAUUCCCACAGCAGGUGACAAGAAAGGGGAUGUAAAGACCAGUCGUGCCAUUAACCCCACCCUGCCCACCACCAUCCAGCCGGGACGCACAGGGCGGACCUGGUACCUGCAGCCCUACGGACCAGAUGGGAAGCUGAAGAUGUGGGUGUACGGUGUAGCAGCAGGAGCCUUUGUGCUCCUCAUUUUCAUAGUGUCUAUGAUAUACCUAGCUUGCAAAAAGCCAAAGAGACCUCAGAGACAGAGGCAGCAGAACAACCGGCUAAAACCUCUAACACUCGCUUACGACGGGGACACGGACAUGUAGAGCCUCUUCACCUGUCAGAGGCCGCUUCAUUACGCCACGACAGUGAGGGACGUGGAUGUUUGCGGCGUGAAUGGAGAAAUCACAGAGAAAAGAAAUCAUUGAAAAUCCUCUUGGCAUAGACACUGCUGGGUUAACCAUCUUAAGUCUAGCUUCAUUAACCUUUUAUUUAUUUUUCCUUAACCAGAACCUCCAGCUUGUUCAAUGAAAUGCCUUUUUUUCUUCUAUUUUUUUUUUUUUUUUUUACCCCUGAUGUGUCCCUUAUUAACGAGACUCAGGAAGGACCGGGGUGCAGAGGAGAGUCUCAUCUCUCCUGCUUUCUCUAAACAUGGCAGCACAGGCUCCAACUGUUUCACCCCCGCGCUUUUCUGCUUGUCCCUGAAAACGCUGAGUAGCUGGAGGCUUUGGACGCUCUGACGGUUUGUAUGUUGCCAAAAGUCACCGCAGGGAAGAGGGGGAGGAGGAGGGAGAGGCAAAUCUCCAUCAAAAGGUUUGGAUUCCUUUCUCCCUCAAUCCUCAGCUGGGUUUUGACUCAAAUCUCUCUUUUUUUCCCAGUCUUGAACAAAAGGGAGGCAUUUCUUCUCCUUUAUUUCUGCUUGAUUCAGAGGCACACAGGCCUGUGUUUGUGGGAUAAACUGAUCCGUGUGAUGCUGAUGGAGGUGCAGCCCUGCAGUCACUCGCUGGCGGACACCCUAGCUUCGUUUCAGGCACUACAUUGCACUAUAUUAGUGCAGCAUGAUAUGCACAUGUGACUUCUACCUUCAAAUGCCAUUAAACACUGCCUCUUCCACCAACACAACCACACAGCAGAGGAACGGCGGACGCAACGAGGGACCGCGGUCACGCUCCGGAAAAAAACAGGUGUGAGCCAUGAGUAAAUAUCUGUAUAGGUUUCAGUUCUUGCAGGAGAGUUUUUUUGGUUGUAGUAAAGUUCUUUAUUUUGUGUGGUUUGUAGAUUUCGUCUGGUGUUAUCACUUCAUUUCUGCCCAGAUGUAAGUCUGAUAUCAGCAGGUGGUUUGCUUUUUGAUGAAUCGCCUGUUUGACAUUUGAUUUUCUUAUUGUUUACCUGAACUAAAACGCGUCUCGGAGAGACUGAAGUUUUGCAGCAGCUAUGAAAGAGAGAGACACUAAAGCCAUUCAUGUCAUGCAAACAUCUCUGCCUUACUGGUAAUUCAAGAACUGCUCUUAAUGUUUGAUUGGGCAACCAUUAUACACUACAGUACAAGUUAAUAAAAAAGGCUAAUUUUCCUUAUUAAGGCAAAUCAGUUUCUAUAACUCUCACAUAGUAAUCAUAAUAUAGAUGCUCUAAUGUUCCAGUCUCACUACAUGAAAUAUAUAUAUAUAAAACACCCUGUACAAAUGAACUAUACAGUAUGUUAAUAUGAAUAUGCCUCUGAGUUCAGUGUAAAAGCAAACUGGUGUGGAGAAUGUUUACUUUUUUCGUGAAAUUUGUAAAUAACAAUGACUUUUUUAUUUUUUUGGAGAAAAAAAAUCAAAGUAUGUGUAAAUUUAUUUUCUAUUGCACAGAAAACGUUAGUUUGAAUAUUGCAAAGUGGGUGUAUGAUAUUGCUGAUUGUUGUUACUAUGAUGCAAGUUGUAUGUUGUGACCAAGAAAAUAAAAAUAAUCAGAAGGGACAGAAAAAAAGAAGCAGAAAAAGACAAAAGAAUUGGUUGUUUUGUAUAGACUGUUCAUAUGUGGAAAGAAUUACUGAAAAUAAAUGCAGACACGGUUGUAAACACA